AGCAGCUUCAGAAUGGAUCGCUGGGUUGGAAAAGUAGCCGUGGUGACUGGUGCAAGCUCGGGAAUCGGUGCAGCUACGGUGAAAGCGUUCGCUAAUGCGGGCAUGAUCACCGUCGGUUUGGCUCGGCGUGUCGAACGAAUCGAUGAGUUAAAGGCUGAACUUUCGGCUGAAGCCGCCGGCCGGUUGCACAGUGUGCGGUGUGACGUCACCAAGGAGAAAGACAUUCUGGCGGCGUUCCUGCACGUCGAGCAACACUUUGGCGGUGUGGACGUACUGGUCAACAAUGCGGGCGUUGCUCGCACUGCCGUUGGAGUGCUCGAUGCAAAUAAUACGCAAGCAUUGCGCGAUGUGGUCGACACAAAUCUGAUGGGGUUGAUGCUCUGCAGUCGCGAGGCGUUCCAAUCGAUGAAGAAACGAUCGGUUGAUGGACACAUCGUGCACAUCAACAGCAUCCUCGGACAUAAGCUGCUGCCGAUGGGAGGACUCAACGCUUAUCCGGCCUCCAAAUUUGGUGUGACGGCCCUGACCGAAACGAUGCGCAACGAGCUGCGGUUGGCGGGAACCAAAAUCAAAGUCACGAGCGUCAGCCCGGGACUGGUGCGUACGGAGAUCAUUCCCAACAGUAUGGACAUCAAGAGCACGGCCAUCCUCGAACCGGAAGACAUUGCAAGCGCUGUCCUAUAUGCCGUCGGCACACCACCAAGAGUGCAGAUUCACGAGAUUAUGGUCAAACCGGUUGGUGAAAUGAUGUAGAUAAAUGACCAUCAUCGUGCUCAACAAUGAAC